AUGUCGAUAUCACCUCCCCCAUCAUCGUCGAGAUGGGCGGAGAAUGACGGGGAGAAUGUCGCUGCUCGACAUAGUGGUGCCCGAGAACCGGAUGGACGCAGGGAAUUAAAGAUGAGCACUGUUGGAGCUGGUGAUGUUGCUGCAGGACAGCAGACCUCCUUUCCACCAGGAGACUACCAAGUCGACGAGAACCUCUUCUACUCAGCACCCAGCGAACCGCUCGACGGCACAGCAUCUGCCAACGCCCCGGACAGCCCGCAAGAAGCCGCAGCCUACGAAGAGCCGGCACCAGAAGACCUGCUCCCACCUCCCGACUUCAAGCCCUUCUUUACCGUGAUCGAAGAUCCUGACACUGGCGAGCAUGUGCAUCCGACGGUGCACUACAUCUUCUCCGACGACGAUCCCGAAAUCUUGACUUCGGCUGCGUUGGAUUGUAUUGAUCAACACCAAGACGGUACGCAGCAGGCGGAGGAGGAAGAGGAGCGCUAUGUGAUUGUCGAUAUGGCUGCGGAUGGGAAGACAGCAGCUUCAACCACAUCGCUGAGUCCACAUUGGCAGGCCGUCACGACGGCCGUUACGCAGGCGCCGAGCUGGGGGAAUGAUGCAGUGCAGGCUGAUAGGAGGCUGAUGUUGAAGGUUUCUGGGCAGGAGAUGCAGACAUAUCACGGGAAGAGCUCUAAGCAACGGAAGACUUCGAAAGAUAUCGACGCGCUGGUUAAGACCUUCAGUGACCGGCUAGAUGGCUUGGACAAGGUGGUUGGAAGGUGGGAGGAUAUGCCUGAUGACUACCUCACGACUUAA